AGGCACAGUCUUUUGAGCUGGCGUGGGGGUAAGGGCUUAGGAGGAAGGUUGGUAGUGAGCAGUUCCCCGGACUUUAGCUUCAGACACCUCUCGAUCCCGACCUCCGCUCCGCAGCAGUGAGUGGCAGGAGCUCACCACCCCGGCUUUGCCGCCUUUGCAGUCCGACGUUCGGUGACAAAUGAGUUGUGAGUUCCGGCUGUUGGAGACUGCGAAGUCGCCGGACGUUCUUAUAUCUUACGGUCAUGCUUUAACCCCGCGCCUGUAGCUGUUCUUCAGGCUCUGGGAGGGUCGACGACCGGCAUGUUCGGGUCAUUUCAAAAUGUGUUCUAAGACCAAUAGCAAGCAUUCAGGAUGGUUCAGCGUUUGACGUACCGUCGUAGGCUGUCCUACAAUACAGCCUCUAACAAAACCAGACUGUCCCGAACCCCUGGUAAUAGAAUUGUUUAUCUUUAUACCAAGAAAGUUGGGAAAGCACCAAAAUCCGCAUGUGGCGUGUGCCCAGGCCGACUUCGAGGAGUUCGUGCUGUGAGACCUAAAGUUCUUAUGAGGUUGUCUAAAACGAAAAAACAUGUUAGCCGGGCCUAUGGUGGUUCCAUGUGUGCUAAAUGUGUCCGUGACAGGAUCAAGCGCGCUUUCCUCAUUGAGGAGCAGAAAAUCGUUGUGAAAGUGUUGAAAGCACAAGCACAGAGUCAGAAAGCUAAAUAAAAAAAUGAAGCUUCUUUGA